AUGUUUCAUGUGCAGACAGCCACAUAUUCUUUCGUUACAUUUCGAUCGACAUUUCAUCAAGGCACCGCAUCCAACGUCUUCUAUAUCGAAAUUUUUGUCUUUGUUUUCCUUAUCUUCUGCCCUACUUUUUUUCCCCAUUUUCCGGACACUGGCCUUCUUGAUUGUGUACCGUUUAAUAUUUUUCAUUUCAUUUUUCUAAUUUGUUUUUCACUUCCUAUCCUAAGUUUUUGUCUUUUUUUCUCUCCUUUUCUUUCUUUUUUUUCCUUUCAUUUAGCGCUUCAUUAUUUUAUUCAUUAUUUUGUUAUUAGAUGUUUCUUGUGUAUUUUUUUUUUACCGUCUUUCGCUUUUCUCACUAUCUUACCCCAUCUUUCUUUUUAUCUUUUCUUCUUUUCCUCACUCUUUUCCUUUCUUUUUUUCUCCUUUUCUUGCUAUUUUUUUUUUCUUUCCACGCUUUUUUUUGUCGCUUUUCUUCCUAUUCCGGUCUUUUUUUGCUUUUUUUUUAUACUUCCCUUUUUUUUUAUUUUUCCUCCUACACCUUUCUUGAUCUUUUUCUACCUUCUCACUUUUUUGAUUUCUUUCUUUCUCUCUGCUCGUUUUUCUAUUUACAUCCUUCGUUUUUUUCUUUCUUUCUUCAUUCUCUCUUUUCUUUCUCUCCAUCUAUCCUGUUUCUGUACCUUUUCAAUUUCUCUCCCUUUCCCUUUUUUUUUCUUUUUCCUUGUAUCCCCAUUUCUUUUACCUCCUGCCAUUUUGUUUUCUCGUUCUGUUCUCAUCAACUUCAGAUUUCAAAAUAUUUUCCUCUUUCUUCUAUGUUUCGCUUCUUUUCUUUUUUGUUCUUUUUUUUUUUUUUUGUCUAUCUUUUCACUUUAUAGCCUACUUCCUUGUAACCCUUCUCACCUUCCCGCUUCUUUGACUAUCGUAUAUUUCCCGCCUCUUCUCUCCUCGUUGUUGGAACUUUCUUCUUCUUCUUCUUCUUCUUCUUCUUCUUCUUCUUCUUCUUCUUCUUUCUCCUCGCUUUUUACUGUUCAGCCAUGUUUUACCUUUGAGAUCUUCGUUUGUCUCCAUCACCGAACAAUCUAUACAGGAAUCGCCCACACUCAACUCAUCUCCUUUCUCUUUCUCGUUCUGUCUCCUUUUCGCUCUCUCUCUCUCUCUCUCUCUCUCUCUCUCUCUCUCUAUCUAUCUAUCUAUCUAUCUAUCUAUCUAUCUAUCUGCUUCCAGUCUCUUCAGGACCACGCGAGAGAGGCAACACGUGUCUGUCUACGGAGUUACUAUGUAGGCUGUGGUGAAGACGGACGACACAAGCUCAGCAGUGUUAGGCCAUACAGAGAAACCCACAUAGUCUCGCCAGGGAGUUAA